AUAAGAAGUUCAGUUUUUCUUUUCAUCAAUGGCAACUGAGGGAAAGAAGCUUACUACAAUUCUCAGCAUUGAUGGUGGAGGAGUGAGAGGCAUUAUCCCAGCCACAAUCCUCGCCUUCCUUGAAUCCGAACUCCAGAAGCUGGAUGGUAAGGAGGCAAGGAUUGCAGAUUACUUUGAUUUCAUUGCUGGAACUAGCACUGGAGGCCUUGUCACAGCCAUGCUCGCCUCACCAAAUGAUGAGAAUCGACCUUUGUUUGCUGCAAAAGAGAUCACCGAAUUUUACCUUGAACACUGCCCGAAAAUCUUUCCUCAAACAUCAGAUUCAGCACAGCCUGGAAGGCUUAGAUCAGUAUCAUUUCCUUCUUCAUGGAUUACCGCUGUAAAAGAAUGGAUUCAGUCAGUGUGGGAGAAGGUAGCAGUGCCAGCGUACCAUGACGCAGAGUCCUUUAUCCAUUGGGCCGAACAAGCAAUAUUUAGGCCAAAAUAUGAUGGCGUCCAUUUGAAGGAAACCAUCGAAGAUAUGCUUGGGGAUAGAAAGCUUUGUCAGACUCUGACCAAUGUCAUCAUCCCGUCUUUCGAUAUCAGACUUCUGCAGCCAACAGUUUUCUCCACCUUGAAGGCGAGACGUGACAAUCUAGAGGAUGCUCGACUAGCAGAUGUUUGUCUCAGCACUUCCGCAGCACCAUAUUACCUCCCGCCUCAUAAAUUUGAGAUCAACUCAUUCAGCUACACCAGGAGAUUCAACAUGGUCGAUGGUGGAGUUGCAGCCAACAAUCCUACUUUGCUAGCAAUGGUAGAGGCGAGCAAGGAGAUGUCUUUAAAUGAAAAAGAUCAGCGCUUGAAAAAAAUGGAUUGCAGCAAACUUCUUGUUCUCUCCCUUGGAACUGGAUCGUCGAAAAGGAAUAACAAGCUUGAGGUUGACGAUCCCAAAUUGUGGGGACUCUUCAAAUGGUUUCAGGGGCCUGAUGAUACCGUUCCCUUCUCUGAUGUUCUUCUGACUGCAACAGAUGAUAUGGUUGACAUAUAUUUAUCUUCUUUCUUCCAAGGCUCUAGUAAUUUCAAGACCAAUUAUCUACGAAUUCAGACCGAUAGCUUGAAACAAACUGAAGCCAGCUUGGACAACUCAACCAAAGAAAACCUUGAAAAUCUUGAGAAGAUUGGAAAUGAGCUUCUGAAAAAGACCGCUUCCAAACUGAACUUCGAAACUGGAAUAAUUGAACCAAUUCCAGAGGCUGCAACAAAUGAAGAACGACUCAUUUGGUUUGCCAAACAAUUGUCGGAUGAAAAGAGGGGUCGCCAAGCUAAAAUCUCCAACUAGUAGCAAGUAAUGCUAGCUCCGUCCAACAAUAUCCCAAAGUUUCAAUUUCCUUUUGUCUCGUCUCCUUGUAAAAGGAGGAAAGCAGUUUCAGCUGUUGUGAUGACAAUAACUGCUCUUAGCUAGUUGCUAGUGAUGCAAAGUCCAUUCAAUAAUUUCCCCUCUUUGUACAAAGAGGCAGGUCAGUAGCUCUUAUGACAAUCAUUGCUCUAGCUCGUAGCUAGUGAUGCAUGGUCCAUUCAGUAAUUUCCUGUUGUUCAAAUUUCCUUGUCUGUCAGUCUGUCUACUUAUAAAAUUUAAGGAGCUUCGCUGAAUUUGGGAGGUAGCCAGUAAUAAGAAUGUCUAGGUUCUGUUUUA